AUGGAGAGACAUAAUACACUUAUACCUGUUGUUGCAUCGCUUGCGGUCGGUGCGGUUGCUGCGCUGUCAUUGCACCGUGUAUAUGUUUGCCACCUGAAACAAAUAAGUAGAGCAUCAGACAUCCCACCGUCGUCUAUGCGCAAGCGUUGGCUAUAUGGGCAUGUUACUUCCGUGGGUGAUGGUGACAACUUCCACCUGUAUCAUCUUCCAGGUGGAUUACGGGCUGGUUGGGGGUGGUUGCGAGAAGUUCCUUUAAAACACUCCCAAGUCAGAGGCCAAACCAUAUCCGUUAGGUUGUGUGGUAUUGAUGCCCCAGAGAGAGCACAUUUUGGGAAACCCAAGCAGCCAUACAGUGAAGAAGCUCUUAUCUGGUUGAGAAAAUACAUCUUACAUAGGUAUGUCUAUGUGAAACCACUGCGACUUGAUCAAUAUGGUCGUGUUGUCGGACGUGUAAUGGUUUGGACAUGGCUAGGUUGGCGAGAUGUGGGUGAAGAAAUGCUUAAAUGUGGCCUUGCAACACUUUAUGAGGCCCAAUCAGGUGUGGAAUUUGAUGGGCGGGAAAGAAUAUACCGAAAAAGAGAACAAAAUGCAAGAAGGAAAAAACUAGGUCUCUGGAAAGAUUUUGGUAAGAAAAUAUUCGAAACUCCCAGAGAGUACAAGACUAAAUAUAGUAGCGGUAAAUGA